AUGGGAUGCCGCUUGACGCGUACGGAUUCUACAGAACUUUGCGAGAAGUCAGAUUCACCGAUAUCAGCCAAAAAUCGAGGAUUAUCAUCAGAGAAGAGAGGUUUGGUAACAAAUGGCAAUUCAUCGCUGCAUCGACGAGAUACUCCUCAUCGAACGUUAGAUGUACCAAAAAAUGGAUCAGGCGGAGCUUUAUCUGUGCCAAACAAGCCUAUAGGAGAAAUAGAAAGCGCCAGUCAAGCUGAUUUUUUCCGAAUGUUGGAUUAUAAAAUACAAAAUGGUCCAGACUUAGAUUCAGAAUUCGAUGAUUAA